AUGGCAGCAGAGCUCCUCCAGGCCACUGGGGGCAGAAUGGAACAGAUGGAACAGCAGAUGGGGCAGAUGUCAGCGAUACAAAUGUCCUCCUCCUCCUCCUCCUCGUCCAAUUUCUCCUCCUCCAUGAGUUCCACCACGCUGAGGAAAGUCUCACAAGGCUUGUCAAGGACCAUGGAAGAGCACUCUGGGGCUCAGCGUAAGACCUCAGCUCUGGUGGAGUCCUACAGCCAGGUACAGAAAUCCCCACAGGUCCCAGAAGGAGAGUCUGUCCCAGAUUUUGAGGAGAAGCUGCAUCCCAUCGCUGCCCAAGAGGGGGACAGUGCGGUGUUCAAGGCCAAGGUGACAGGGAAUCCCCAGCCCAGUGUUAACUGGGAGCGAGCCAGCGGCUGCUCACUGUCUGAAUCCACUAAAUCUUUCCAUGACAACAUAAACAAUCAGCAUAUACUCAAGAUCAAAAACCUGACCCUGGAGGAUGCUGAUGUCUACAAGUGCAUUGCCUCAAACAAGCAUGGAGAAGCCACCUACUCAAUAUCACUCACUGUUAGAGAAAAUGCAGGCUUGGACUUCAAAAAGAUACUGAAGAAACGCAGUGUGGAGAAGAGAGAGGGGAAAAGGCCACCUACAGAGGAGCAGAUGUUAAAGAUCCUGGCUGGAGCUGACAAGAAGGACUACGAGAGGAUCUGUGCAGAGCACGGCUUCACCGACUUCAGAGGCAUCCUCAAGAAGUUGAAGGAGAUGAAGAAGAAAGUGGAGGUGGAGAUGGUACGUGUGCUGAAGCCUCUGGAGGACAUCACUGCCAAAGCUGACACCUACGUCACCUUUGACACCAUCCUGGAGCUGAAGGAUCCAAACAUCAGGAUGCAGUGGUUAUUGGGCACAGAGCCGCUGAGGAUCCAGUACUCUCAUGGGAAAUACGAAGUGAAACAGAUGGGGACCAAGCACAUGCUGUGCAUUUCUAACGUGAACCUCAGUGACAUGGGCACAUAUACUCUGCAGGUUGCAGACAAGAGGCUGUCAGCCAGCCUUAAAGUCAUAGAUGAACCUCUGAAAUUCCUGUCUGACUUCAAGCCCACAAAAGUGACGGAGCGGCAGACAGCUGUGUUUGAGGUCCGUCUCUCCAAGAAGACAGAUGCACCACUCACCUGGAAGGUCAGGGGAAAAGAAGUGAAAAGAGAUGAAAAGUUUGAUGUGUCCCUGUCUGAGGAUGGUCUCACCUACACCUUGAAGAUUAAGGAUGUGAAAGUCAGUGACACUGGAGACUACACCAUCAACAUCGGAGACCUCAGUGCCACUGUGCCACUUUUCAUUGAACGGAUCCCCAUCAAGUUUACCAACCACUUAAAGAACAUCCGUGUGCAGGAGAGAGGCAAGGUCCAUCUGGGGUGCGAGAUGAGCUCCAAAGAUGUGCACAUUCGAUGGCUGAAAGACGGGUGUGAUAUCACAAUGAGCCCUCGCUACAUCUUCAUGCGCGAGGGAAAGAGGGCAGAGGUUAUCAUCAAGGACUGCGAGCUGACAGACGAGGGAGAGUACUCUGUCAUCUGCACCCAGGACAAUGACGCACACGAAUAUGUCACUUCUGCCAGUCUCACUGUGGAUGAACGUUUUGCCACAGUGACAAGUGGUAUGUCAGAUGUUCAGUGUCCUACAGGCUCAUCUGCAGAGCUGUGCGUAGUUCUCGAUGAUGAGAAGGUGGACGGAGUGUGGCUGAGGGAUGGAGUGGAGAUUUUGGAAAUGAGUGGGGUUCAGGUGGUCAAACAGGGAGCCGUCCACAAGCUGAUCUUCUGUAGUGUAACUGGUGCCCAUGAGGGCAAGUACACCUUCAGAGCUAAGGGGGCUGAGAGCGAGGCUCUACUUACUAUUGCAGACCCUCCUGAAAUUGAUUCUUCUGUACUGGACUUGUUGGGGGCCCGGCCUAUAUCUGUGAAGGCAGGCCAAACAGCCACCAUUAAGAUCCCCUUCAAAGGCAAACCACUUCCCAAGAUCACCUGGUACAAGGACGGAGUAGAGGUCAUGGAGGAUGAGAGGACUAAGGUGGAGAGGACUGCUGACAGCACCUCACUGGUGGUCAGCAGAUGUGUGCGAGAAGACAGUGGAGCAAUUAUGCUUCGGCUGAAGAGUGACUGUGGCACUGCUCUUGCCAACCUGCACCUCAGUGUGAUUGACUAUCCUAAGUCUCCUCAAGGGAAAGUAGAAUUCCUUGAGCUCUCAGGAAAGUGUAUCAAGAUGAAGUGGAAGGCACCCCGUGACAAUGGGGGUAAGCAAGUGACCGGCUUUGUGGUUGAACGACGUGUGGCAGGUAAGAAGUCCUGGACCAGGGUUGGUGAUGUAGAUAGCAGUACCACCAUCUUCAGCGAUGACAAAGUGGAGGAAGGCCAGGCGUACCAGUAUCGCAUCAGGGCCGUCAAUGCAGAGGGAAUGAGUGACCCUCUUGAGACAGACGAGGUGUGUGCCGGACAGCCUUUAGAGCCUCCAGGAACAGCUUCUCAGCCCCAGGUGUCUAACAUAACCAAGGACACCAUGACAGUGAGCUGGACACCUCCAGUUAGCAAUGGGGGAGCCCCAGUUCUGGGCUACAUCCUGGAGAGGAGGAAGAAGGGGAGUAACAUGUGGUUACAGGUCAAUAAGGAACUGCUCACAGAUACAAAAUUCAAGGUUGAAGGGUUGUUGGAUGAUGUGGAGUAUGAGUUCAGAGUCACCAGUGUAAACAGGGCUGGAGCAGGCAGUCCCAGCACCAUUUCUAAUCCUGUCCUGGCCAAAGACCCAAUACAAGUUCCUGGCCUGGUGAGGAACCUUUGUGUGUCUGAUUCUACAAACUCCUCCAUUUCUCUGAAGUGGACACCUCCAGAACAGGGAGACAAGCCCUCUGGUUACAUCCUAGAGGUUCGCCCCAACAAUGCUAAGGAGUGGAUGAAGGCCACGAAGAUUCCCAUUGCCGGCACUGCCUUCAGUGUAGGAGGACUUCAAGAGAGGAUGAAGUACCACUUUCGUGUCCGGGCUGUUAAUGAAGUAGGGGUGGGGGAGCCCACUGAGCUACUGGAGGGUGUACUGGCCAUGCAUCCACCUGUGGCACCCAGGUUUGAUCUCCAGGGGAAGCUGAAGAACCAGAUGGUUGUCCGAGCUGGAAUGGCACUUUGCCUUCAUCUCAGCUUCACUGCUUCUCCCCCCCCUGUGAUAAUCUGGUUAAAGGAUGGCAUCAUCACUACGGGACGAGAAGUCAUCACCAAAAACAAGAAUCACACCCAGUUCCUCAUUUCCACCUCUCAGCGAUCUGACUCCGGCACCUAUUGUGUACACCUGAAGAAUGACUAUGGAGAGGCUCAUUACAAGGUCAAUGUGAGGGUUACAGACUUUCCUCGACCCCCUAAGAACCUCCGCCUGGAAGAGGAGUUUCCGGGCACAGUGACCCUGCAGUGGGAUCACACCCCAGACCUCGCUAACGAUGAUGAGGGGGCGAAUUAUGUCAUCCUCAAACGCGACACCAGCACUGCCUCCUGGUUCACUGUGGCCGAGCGUGUCUUCAGCAGCAAGUACACUGUCACUGGACUGCUUCCCGGGAGGAAGUACUACUUCCGAGUCAUCGCACAAAACUCUAUUGGAGACAGUGAUCCCUUGAACUCGAAGGAACCCCUCAUUAUUGCUAAGGAGAAAGAGUGCACCAGCAGUCUUCAGUUGAAGGAAUAUGUCUCACCAUCUCGUCAAGUGGAACCCACGUUCCUGCUGCCACUGAAGGACCAUGCUGUUCGCAGAGGCCAUGACUGCAGCAUGAGUUGUGCCUAUCAGGGCAUGCCAACACCACAGGCCUGCUGGUAUAAAGGGCAAUCAAAGAUCUCUGACUCCCCUCGGUUUUGGCAGAGCACAGCCAAUGGAGUGUGCACGCUGGUUAUCCCCACAUGUGGGAUCAAAGAUGGUGGAAAAUACACACUGGUGCUGGAGAACCCUCUGGGGACUGCCAAGUGCUCCUGCAACCUGGUCAUAUUUGAUAAGGAUGACAAGGGUCUGUUGGAGAGCCUGACCAACCAGGCAAACAAAAACAAGCUUAUUUUCUAAAAGGCCUGUUUGAAGUGUUGCCAUGACAGAUGCACAGAAAUUAACCACUGACCUUAUGCUGCAAGUGCUGUCACCACCAACAAUAAUUUUAGCUGUAGUUUGAAUUUUAGGGCAUCAUAUGA